UUAUGUCGUAGCAGAAGAGGACAAGGAAAUCCAGUCGAAUGUGUGUACCCCUGUGCAUAUUAUUAAGGGAAAAUAUACGGUAGCCACAGCAAUAGCAAAACUUUCCAUACGGUGACCGGUGGUGGGGAGUUGCAACUAGCAUAGUUGGAUAGUGUAUACGCGUUUUGUAAGUUGGCUGCGUAGGCUAGUUAUACAAUAACUAACUUUUUGUCUUGUUCAGGCAUGGCUGCCAUCGUCGCUGCAAAGUGGUUGGGAGAAGCAAUCAAGGCUAAUAAAAUCGGACCUAGUCUUCGGAUACUCGACGCCUCUUGGUAUUUGCCGAAAUUAAAUCGCAACGUUAUAAAUGAAUUUAAUGAGCGACACAUCUCAGGCGCGUCCUUUUUUGACAUAGACCAGUGUUGCGAUAAAACGUCAUCGCUUGAUCACAUGCUUCCAAAUGAACGCGAGUUUGCAGAUUAUGUGGGUAAUUUGGGAAUAGGGAACCAGACACACGUCGUCGUUUACGACACCAGCGAUUUUGGGUCAUUCUCUGCACCCCGCGUGUGGUGGAUGUUUAGGGUUUUUGGCCACAAUUUGGUAUCCGUGCUCGACGGCGGACUGAAGAAGUGGGUGCAGGAAGGUCACCCCGUCACUGCAGAAUAUUCUACACCGGAGCCAACCGAAUUCCAAGCCUCCCUCAACCGAUCCUGGGUGAAGUCAUACGAGGAUGUUCUGGAAAAUAUUGGCAGCAAGCAGUUUCAGCUCGUAGACGCCAGAUCUUCGGGGCGGUUCCGAGGAAUCGAACCAGAACCAAGAGAUAAUGUGGAACCCGGACACAUCCCCGGGUCCGUCAACAUGCCCUUCUAUUCGUUCCUGGCCCCCUCCGGAGCGGAGCUGCCCACCCGGGACCUGGCGGCCAUGUUUGAGGCGGCGGGGGUGGACCUGAAGCGCCCGCUGUGUGCGACCUGCGGCUCGGGCGUGACCGCCUGCCACGUGGCGCUGGCCGCCCACCUGUGCGGCUACCCGGGGGUGACGGUGUACGACGGGUCCUGGUCGGACUGGUACGGGCGCGCCCCGCCCAGCCACAUGAUCUCCGAGGCCAAAGGGGAGGAGGCCUGACUGGGGGGGGGUGUGGCCUGAGGACGGGGGGGUCGCCUCCUUCAGAGGCUCUCGGCAUUGGUGUUUCGGAGUGGCUUCGGAUCUGGCGUUUGCCUUUCCGCUGCUCUGUAAGGCAGGGGUUUGCAAACUCCCAUCCCGGAGGGCCGCAAGCGUCUGCUGGUUUUUGGUGCGUUUCAGCAAGGGAGAUACAUUUCAACUCCUUUAAUUGGCUAAAGAGUCCAGAUACCUUGUUCCCAAGGCCUUAAUUGGCUGCUGAUUGAAAGGAAACCAUAAAUACCAGCAGACACUGCGGCCCCUUCGGGAUUGGAGUUUGACACCUGUGCUGUAUGGCUUCUUUAUGAUUUGUAAAAAUGCUCUAAACAAAUAAAACUUAAAUCUAAUUGGAUUGCAAUGGUCCAGGGUGUGCUAGUUUUUUGUUUUCACCUUGAAAACAACACCCCAGUUAAGGCCAAAGAAACCAGGUCAGGCUCAUUUUUAACGGUGUAAUCACUCACUGUAAUAACUAAUUGACAAUUAACAAUUAGUUGGACAUUUGGUCAAUUAAGUGCUGAGUGUGUAACCCAGCAGACCCCAGGACUCUCCUGGACCACAGUUGUAAAUCCCUACCUUCAGCAAGGAUCAGUGGUUGCCAACAUGUGGAAUUAUUUGAAUGAUCAAGAUAAAACAGUCAAUUACUGGCAAAAGGACUACAUAUGAAUAACAUAGCGGAAUGAUCUAUCCUGUAUUUUAACUGUAUUUGGGUGGUAGAAUGUCAAGGUAGGUUGGGGAGUUGUGGGAUAGUGAAAAUAUAUAGUGAGGGAACAGGCUUGUGUUUGGGGUUAUGGAAUAUUAAACAUACUGCCUUUUUAAAGAAUACAUAAUAUUUGAUUUGUUUUGUCAUAAUAGCAGAUGAAAGAAAACAUACCUUUCUAUGUUCAUGUUACUAUAGGCAAUAUUCUUAGCCACAGCAAUUGUUCUUUCAAACUAAUCUGUGAAUUUACAUAGGUUGGAACCAUAAUUUUUUUUUUUUAUGUAUUCUUUCAUUGUUAAAACAAGCUAAUCAAAACUGUAAUGCUACCUGAAAUUGAUUAGAUUAUGCUCAUCUCAUGAAACAUGUUUGCAACAGAAUGAACUGUGGGAUGAUUUGCUGCUCUGAAUUGCAUGACGUGGCUUGACUAUUGCUCGAAAUGUUUUCAUUUGAAAUGAAGCAUUCAUGCCUACA